GGAGACUGAAAAGAGUAAAGGCCAAGACCAUCGGAAUGGGGCGGAAGAAGGGAACAGUUGAGUUCGAUGAAACAGCGCCGGAUGACUUCGAUCCAUCGAAUCCGUACAAGGACCCGGUGGCGAUGCUGGAGAUGAGGGAGCACGUGGUGAGAGAGAAGUGGAUCCAAAUCGAGAAGGCGAAGAUCUUGAGAGACAAGCUGAGAUGGUGUUAUCGCAUCGAAGGAGUAAACCAUCUCCAAAAAUGUCGCCACCUCGUCCAACAGUACCUCGACUCCACUCGCGGCAUCGGCUGGGGCAAGGACGGCCGCCAUCCUUCUCUCCACGGUCCAAAGGUGGAGUCGGCCGAGUCUGAAGAAUGAGAUGUUUUUUAAAUUUUUACCUUGGAUUAAUUAAUAAGGUGAUUGCACUUGGCCAAUGGAGGAAUGCCUAAAGUGGAGGGCAGACUGGGCCAGUUUACAUACCAGUUGUUCUUAUCGUUUGUCCUAAUUAAAACAUUUUCUCUUCCUUUUCUUUUCUUUCCUUUCCUUUCAUGAUAUGUAUGGUGGCUAGAUGCUACUGGCUUCUGCUUGUGUCUCAACUGUUAGUGUUACUUAGCAUCUAACUUUUGGUUGCAUUUUGGACUCAGUGAAGAAAUGAAAAGUACAUCAGAUAAUGUUAAUAAGUUUCUUGUCAAUACUUGCUUCAGUAAUCCAUCAGUUGAUUCUAAA